AUGCAUAGGUAUGUUUUAAAUGAUUUCAAUUCAAUUUAUUUGCCAAAAAUUUUAAGAAAAAUUGAAUUGAAGGUAGAUAAAACGUUUUAAUUGAUUAUCACCUCAUAAUAUUUAUUGGAGCCAUUAGUACCUGCAAUAUAUGAAAGAUAUUAAAGAAUUUGGAAGAAAACAGAUUCAAGAAAAUUCAUUUUGUAAUAAUAAUAAUAAUCAAAAGACUCUAAGAUAAACAAGCAAGAAGUUAAAUAAAAAAUCAAAAAACUUCCUAAUGAUUACAAGUAGCAUAGUUCUUAAUAAUAAGAUUAAAAUCAUUUUUAACUUUUAUAAUAACAACUAGAUUUAUCUAAAAAGACUUCAGCUAAUAACUUCAAUAAAAAGAUUUACAAUAGGAAUAUUUAAUUUGCUAUGAAGAGCAAGAACCCACUGGAUUAGUCUUUAUUGUUUUUAAAAUUACGGUAUAGUGAAGGUAAAUUUAGUCAUUUCAAAACAAAAGUUUCACAAUUAUAAAUCAAAAAUACUUUUGUUUUAAGCAAUAAAUUAUAAUAAUAACAAUUGAAAACAAAACCAGAUUCUUAAAAUAGUCAAUAAUAACUUCCUGAAAACUCAUAACCAUCACACUCAAAAAAAAAUUAAAAUAGAUUAAUGAUUGAGUUACAAUAUUUUAACAAGAUUUUUUUAAAUCUAAUAAAUAUUUAGUAAGGUGAACCAGAAUAACAAUUUUAAGAAGUUUAACUUGUUUAGAAACCCAAAAAACAUACAUAAAAGAUGAAGAUUUAUUGUUAGAAAUUCAAUCUGAGUUUUAUGCCAAAUUAAUAAAGAAGUUUACAUCAUAUGUUUAAUUUCUUAAUCCUGAGAGUUUCUAAUUAGAUAAAUUUUUACGGGAGAUAGGACUUUAAAAAAGCCCUUAAAAUGAGUUGUUAAAUUCCACUAAAUUUUAUCUAAUAAAAUUCUAUGGAUAGAAUGACUAUGGAGAGUUUCAAAUAAUAGCUUAAUCAAUAAAGGCUUAAAGUUGUCACUCAUUAAUUCAAACACCUGAUGAGUAAUUUCAACAAGAUAUCAAAAUAUUUUCAAAAGCUUUAAAUAAUUAUUGUAUCAGUUAGAAAGAUCAACAAAUUAUGCACAGAAGCAAUCUAAAAUUAUAUAUUAAGAUUAUAGCAUCCCAAUUUCGAACUAAAAUAUUAUUUUUUUGAACAAAAUAUAAGGGAUUAAAGCUAAAAAGAUGGAGAACAACCAAUUUCUUUAUCAAAAUGA